ACGCGCGCGAACCGAUUCAAUCAUCCCCGGGCCCCUGCUAAAUGCUGUAAUCUGAAUAAACCCACCCCAAAAGUCGACCAGUAAUCGUUCAUCUCCUUUUCCUCUGCUUCCCCACGCCCGCGGCCAUGGCAAAUCCGGAGGUAACCAAGCAGCCACCACCGGACGAGGCGGCGAUGGAGCGGCGAGCUGACGAGACGGUGCAGGCGGGCAAGGACGGAGCCUCCAACAACUCUUCUCCCCCGCCGUUCCUGGAGGUGACGUGCCGGAGCUCCGGCGAGGUCCGGCGGUUCGCGGCCGGAACGACCGCCCGCUACGCGCUGCACGCCGUCAACCGCAAGCUGCCCCCGGGCUCCCCCGCGGCGCUGCACGUCGAGGCCGCCAAGGACGGCGAGGAGCCCGUCUGCUUCGGCCCCACCGCGCCCCUCGCCGACUACGGCCGCGGCUGGAGGCUCCAGACCGUCACCGAGCAGGACGCGCCGGGAACACACCACGACGCGAAGAAGCAAGGCGGCGAGGCGAAGGGGGCUCGCGAUCGGGAGGCGCUGAGGAAGAAGGGCGCCUCCGUGUACCUCGCCAAGAUCGUGCUCGCGUUCGUGUUCAUAUUCUUGUUCGGCGGACUGUUCACCUACUUGCUCGAGAAGAUCCCCGACAUGAUCCAGCUCGCUACCUCUGCCUCUCCUGAAUCCUCGUAGCAUUCACCUGUAGCGAUGAACGUUUUUCCAUUUUAUUUUUUUACCUUUCGAAAAAGAAAUUGUGUUCUUGUGAGCCUUAUUGUAAGAAACAGUCGCCGAGAAAUUCGAAAUUCUCUUUGCACGUACAUAGCA